AUAACAUUUUAGAUGCUGAAAGUUGGACAGCUGUUGACUUGAGAGGACGUCCGGUGCCUGUACUUUAUGAUGCAGACCUUCAAAUAAUUGAAGUUCGAGGUCGUGGAGGAGAAUUCAUAUAUUUCCUAGCUCCAGAAUGCUAUUUAGGAAAUCAACGAGCUUCAUAUAAUCACUAUCUCACUUUCACUUUAAGAAUUGGUGCUGAGAAUGUUCGAAUUAGUGCACAUGAUGUAAUCCUUGAGGGUGCUGGUAUUCGAGUUAGUGUGCCUAUAACAGAGCAGGGGAAUCCCAUUCCUUCACAUAGAAUUCAAAAUUACAAAUUCCGUCUCCAUGAACAUCCAGAUUUUGGUUGGACACCAAGAGUUAGUGCUUUUGACUUCAUGAAAAUUUUGUCCAAUCUGACUGCUGUGAAAAUUAAGGCUACAUUUUCAAGAGAUGGUGUUGGUUAUCUUGAUGAUGUCACCCUUGAAUCUGCACGUAACAUGCCAGGAAACUAUCAAGCAACUUGGGUAGAACAAUGUGCCUGUCCUGAAGGUUAUACCGGAUUAUCCUGUGAAUUUUGUGCUCCAGGAUAUCGACGUGAUCCAUUGGGUGACAGUCCAUAUUCUCGAUGUGUAAAGUGCUUUUGUCAUAACCAUGCUGAAACUUGUGAUCCUAAAACAGGAAAGUGUGUAUGUUUACAUAAUACGGAGGGAAAUCACUGUGAAAGAUGUGCACAAUCUUAUUAUGGUGAUGCUCGAGAGGGAACAUCCGGUGAUUGUAAGCCUUGCUUAUGUCCUGACAAAGGACCAUGUGUUGUGUUACCUGGUGGACAAGUUGCAUGUCAGCAAUGCCCUUUGGGUCAUACAGGUCAUCAGUGUGACAUGUGUAUUGAUGGAUACUUUGGGGAUCCUCUUGGUAGAUUUGGGUCUCCCAGGCCAUGCAGGAAAUGUGAAUGUUCUGGUAAUAUUGAUCCUAAUGCAGUUGGUAAUUGUAAUACAACUACUGGUCAGUGUUUAAAAUGUAUUUAUAAUACUGCUGGAUUUAAUUGUGAGAGAUGUCUAUCAGGAUACUAUGGAGAUGCUUUGGCUGUGCCUAAAGGAGGAUGUAAACGUUGUACAUGUUAUUUACCUGGAACCCUGGAACCAGAGAGAGGUUCUAAUCCAUGUGAGUCAACUGGUGGUCAGUGUCGCUGCAAGGCAAAUGUGGUAGGUCGUAGAUGUGAAAAAUGUCGUAAAGGAUACUGGAAUAUAGACAGUGGUCAGGGCUGUUCAGCUUGCAACUGUGAUAGAAUAGGAUCUUAUAAUCAAACCUGUGAUAUACGUUCUGGUCAAUGUUACUGUAGACCAGGAGUUGUUGGUCGACAUUGUGAUUCAUGUGCACCAUAUCAUUAUGGCUUUUCUGAAGAAGGAUGUAAAGCAUGUGAAUGUGAUCCUUCUGGCUCGACUUCAUUACAGUGUGACACUGCUGGUCAGUGUCAAUGCAGACCACAUAGGGAAGGACGCCGAUGUUCUAUAUGUAUGGAUAAUAAAUACAGCAGGGGUACAGUCUGUAUAGAUUGCCCUCCAUGCUAUUCCCUUUUGGAAGAAGCAAUAGAUCGCUACAAAGACAAAUUAACUGAAUUAGCUAAACUUAUGGAAGAAAUGAAAAAUCAUCCAGAGACUGUAGAAGAUUUUGAUUUUCAAAGAAAAUUGCGGGAAACUGAUAGGAAAGUUGAUAACUUAUUAGAAGAAGCCAGAAGAGCUGGAAUUGCUGAUAAGAGUUUAAUCAGUCAACUCAAUGACCUUCGCAAACGAAUAAGAGAAAUUGGGCACACUGCUGGAAAAGUAAGAGAAAGACUAGAUGAUGGGGAAGAAUAUCGUAGAUAUGGUCUUCAAAAUACAUCAUUAGCAGAAAAUGUGAUUAAACAAGCCCAGGAUGCUGCAGCUGCUGCUCGUAAAUAUUUAAAUGAGCAAGCAAGGGCUGCCUAUGAUUCUGCACUAGAUAGGAAGGAUCGUCUGGGCCAGCAGUCUCAAAGAUUAUCCGAAAUAGCAAGAGAAGCAAGGCAAUUGGCUGAUCAGCAAGAAGAAGAUGCAGAAGUAAGUGACACUGUUUCAAAUCUGGCAUUGAAUACCUCUACAGAAGCUUAUCGGUUAGCCAGAGAAACAGUUGAUUCUCAAGAAAGGAUGAGCAAUGAAGUUUAUGACCUUGGUCGAAAGUUAGACGAUUUGGUUGACUUUAUGCAGAGAACAAAGCAGUUAGCCAAAGAUGCAAACACUGAAGCAGGUACAGCAUAUGAGGAAGCAUUAGGCAUUUAUACAGAUGCAAGUUCUUUAAAUGUGCCCACUGCAGAUGUUGCAGCUAUGAAAAAUGAAGCAUCAAGGAUUAAAAUAGAGGCACAAAGAGUGAAAGGACAAGCUGAUAGUUUAGCUAAUGAACAUAAAGAAACUUUGUCCAGGCUUGAUGAUCAGACUAAGGAUGCAGAGGGUUUGCUGAAUGAAGCAAUACGGCAACAACAGAUUACAGAUGAGCUUCUAACUGAUACUGAUGCUGCUUUAGCUAAAGCUCUUGAUGCCAUAGCAUCUGGUGAAAAGAUUUUAGAUGAUGCCAAAGAAACACUUGAUACAUUAAAGGGAUUUGAUCAGCAAGUGAGAGAAAGUCAAGAAAGGGCAAAUGAAACUUUAAAAAAGAUACCCUAUGUCAAGAGAAAAGUUGGAGAAGCUGAAAACAAAACUUUUGAUGCAGAAGAUGCUUUGCGUGGUGCUACUCAAGAUGCAGCUGAUGCUCGUGAUAUAGCUAAAGAAGCUAAAAGACUUGCGGAACAGUCAUCAAAAGAUGCUGGUGAGAUUCGCAGAGAAGCAGAACAGGCAAAAGAACAGGCCGGUCAAUUAAGAGAUCAAGCUGGCCAGCUGACUGACCAAAUUGAAGAUACUGAUGUCAGAAUGAAACGUUAUGAAGAUGAAGCAGAGAUGGGAGGAGCAUUGGCAAAAGAAACUUUAGGGAAGGCAAAUGAAGCAAAGACUGCAGCUGUAGAAGCUAUUGAUAAAGGAAGAACUGCUACUGCAAAAUUAGAUAAUAUUCUAGAUGCUUUAGUUGAUUUAGAUACAGUUGACAGUUCACAGCUUGAUGAUUUAGAGAGACUUCUAGCUCUUGCUGAGAGAGAAUUUAUAAAUGCUGAUCUUGGAGCUAGGGCUGAAGCUUUGAGGGAAGCACAAGAAGAGCAAAAGCAGUGGAUGAGAGAUUAUGAAGAUGAAAUUGAACAGCUCAAAAAAGAUGUUGCAAAUGUUGCAGCUAUCAGACAUUCAUUACCAGAAGACUGUUAUCGAAGAUUAGUCUUAGAACCUUAAUUACUAUCUGAAACAUCAAUACUUAAAAUAAUUUUCUGCAUUACCAAAGAGUGUGCUGCAAUAGCACACUUCUCAUUAAGUACAAUACUGUAUUUUGUAUGAUAUUGCAUUUGAUCAGCUGGUAAAAUUUAUAAUAAUUCGGGCAAUCCUUUUAAAAUAUUAUACAUAUAGUUUUAUGCAUACCUUUCCAGAAUUAUAUCCUUAUACUUUCUUAGAUUUGAAGUCUUUUGAUUUAAUUAUUCAUACAGUAUUUUGAUUAUUAUAAGUUUAUAAAUUUUGGAUAAAUUUGUGAAAUUACAAAAAGUUUUUUAUGUUUUAUUUGCUUUAUUUUUUACCCUAAGCAACUGAAUAAUUUAUUUUUGAAUGUAACAUAAAUUCUAAAGUGUAUCUCACUUUAUAUUACUUAAAUUAAGACAGUUCAAUGUUCUUAAAAGGGAAACCAUUAAAAUCAGAAAAAGAAAAUGUGUUGUGUUUUGUAAAACUGCAAUAUACUAAAUAUGUUUUGGACUUCCAUUUCAAAGCAGAAAAUUUGUGCCUAUUCCUUGUUAACAAUAAUAAUAAAAUGUAUUCACAUAUGUUUUCUAAUAUAAAAUGUACAUACUAAUAUAAAGCAAUAAAGAAAAUAAACUAC